GUCAAAUAACUCUAUUGUUUUCUUUCAGAAAAUUUAUACGUAUUAUACCGCAUGAUGAGAAACCGGAACAAAAUUUGAGCGAUACCACGAUACAUUCCCAGCGAGUGCAACUCAGUGCCAUUCCCAAAAAAACAAAAAAAAAAUAUUACCAGUGAGUGAAACAACCACCACAAACCCUCGAAAACCUACCAUAUCAAAUCCAGAGUGAAGAGAUCGAGCCCUCGGCUAGUGCUUCAAAUUUCCGACCGCCACGACUAUGACCAACAUCAAGUAUGAACGGGUCAAGCAAACGAUCGACCAUGAACCGCAAACCGAGGAGAUCGAACUGGAAGGUGAGACUCAAGGUCGUUUGAAGGGAGUUCACCAUCAACAGCUGCAGCAGCAACAACAGCAACAGUACCACGUGACCAGCCGAGGAACUUCCUCGGGUCGGAGUCGAAAGAAAACGUUCGCCAAUACCAUUCUAGCUACGUUGAUCCUUAUACUGUGCUACUUUACCCUGUCCAUUGGGUUGACCUUCUACCAGAGGUGGCUGCUGCAGAAGUUCAAAUUUCCUUUGUCGGUGGUCGUUUAUCACCUGUGUAUCAAACUAGUCAUGUCCGCCGUAGUUCGCGAAAUCUACAAAUGUGCCACCAAGAAGAACCGUAUCGUGCUGGACUGGAGAACGUCGGUGCGGAAGAUUUUACCAACCGGAUUGGCCAGCGGAAUGGAUAUCGGCUUCUCCAACUGGGGCCUGGAGUUGGUUCAGAUUUCAUUAUAUACAAUGACCAAAUCUACAACCAUAGUAUUCAUUCUCAUAUUUGCGAUUUUGCUCAAAUUAGAGAAAAAGAGCUGGUCUCUUGGAGCGAUCGUGGUCAUGAUUUCCGGAGGGCUGUUUCUGUUCACGUACAAAUCUACCCACUUCGAUACCUUAGGGUUUUGCUUUCUGCUGUUUGCGUCCCUCUCGAGUGGUAUCCGAUGGACCUUUGCCCAGCUCAUCAUGCAGAAGUCCAAGCUGGGUCUACACAAUCCCAUCGAUAUGAUCUUCCACAUGCAACCCUGGAUGAUCUUGGCCGUGGUGCCGUUUACCCUUGGAUUUGAAGGACAAAAAAUCUACGAAGGCCUAAGUGACCUACACAAAGUUGAAACAUCUGCCAUUAUGAGCAUUUGGCUCCGGCUGUCUAUUGGAGCGUUCAUUGCAUUUGCUAUGGAAGUAAGCGAAUUUCUCGUACUAACCAGCACUUCCAGCUUAACUCUAUCUGUCGCUGGUAUUUUCAAGGAAAUCUGUCAGUUAGUCCUAGCUGUAGAACUUUACGGAGACCAGCUAAGCCUGAUAAACGUGCUGGGGCUGGUGAUGUGCCUCGGUGGCAUUUGCUGUCACGUGGUGCACAAGUUCUGGACCUAUACUGAGGAGCAACAGCAGGCGACUCUGGAGAAUUCAACCAACUACGACGACGACGAAGACGAAGAUCCGUCUGGUAUGCACCAGACGAUAGUGACCAAGAAUGGUAUUGGCGAAAAGUUCGACGCAACCGUCACGGCUCGAUUCAAGGCUGGCCACCAACAUCGACCUCUUCUGGUCAAUGAUGCCCCGGAUGCGGACGAUUCGGACCAUCUGGUGGUCAACAAUCGGAACUACAUUUCCGACGACAGCGAUCCGGGCGAACAUGAUUCCCAAGAUGUUCUGUUUGACAUUCUCAAGCGACGGGAACAAUAAUUGUGUAAAACUAGCCGACCAGAAAAAGCCUGCGCAUUGUUGUAACUAAUACUAACUUAUUCGUUAAUCUUACGCUUAUCCACAUCACUUCCGGCGGAACUUCCGCCGGAAUGAGAACUGAAAACUUAAAACAUUUCCAAUUAUGUUCGGUUGUAAUUAUGCCUAUAUGUUUUUAUACAAAUUUAAUUUAGUUAGUUAUUUUUACACAGUACUAAGAAACCUUCAGCAUUAAUUUUGUGUGCUGUACAGCUGGUUCCUGUCGAUUGGAAGGCAUUAUUUUAAACAAACAAAAAAAAAAUAGAAGCGCUGAAUGGGUGUGUAAUGUUGAUUGUAUAAACAAAUCUACUUCUUUAAGUACUUCAUCUCCCUUUUCCACUCACCCUUGUCUUAGACAGAGAGAGAAAGCAGAUUCGGUCUCAUUCAUUAUUGUACUACACCAAUUGCAUUUUUAGAUAUAACAAAGAAAAAAACAAACAGUGUGCAUUGUAACGUAACAAAUUUAGUGCGAAUUGAUAGCGGAAAUAAAACCGAAAAACCUGAUGAUUGUUGAUGGUUUAGACAAAACCGUAUAGAUAAAUCAUAAAUGAUGAAACAAUUAAGUUCAAUAUUACUUAUGUAACAUGUAUACACACUCGCCAUUCUGCCGCGUCUACACCACCAUUUUAUGUUAACAAUCGAUGUACUGAGACAUGAUUAUGAUUAAUAAAAU